GGGGCGGGGCAGUCCCCAGGGACGGCAGUGUCCCCGUGGGGAGGGAGAAGGGACAGUGUCCAGGCUGCCCCCACGGAGGGGGCGUGGCCGAAGGGACGGCCGCGGGGCGCGCGCCCAGGGUAUUGGGGUCAGGGCUGCGUUAGCCUGCUCGAGCCGGGCUGCGCUGACUCAGCCCUGUCCGUCCCUGUUGUCCCUGUCCAGUCCUGUCCAGUCCCAUCCCGUCCGCCCGUCCCGAUGGCCCCCGUGCUGGCCCUGCCUCUGCCCCGCGGGGCCCGUGUGCGCCUGGCACAGGGGCUGUGGCUGCUGUCUUGGCUGCUGGCGCUGGCGGGCAGCCUGGCGCUGCUGGGUGCCUCGUAUCUCCUGGCACAACUUCGAGCCCUGGGCGCCUUCCUGGCCCCGAGCUGCCACUUUCUGGCAGUCCCCCAGGCUGCGCUGCUGGCCGGCGCCACGGCGCUGGCAACCAGGCUGGGGGUCGCGGGUGCCAGCCGUGCCAGCCUGGAUGCCUCUUGGUACCCAGCUUGUCGAGCCCCACUAGGCCCGCUGCUGCUGGCAGGUGUGCUGGGCGGUGGGGGCCUGCUGCUGGCUGCCUUGGGGCUGGCCUUGGCACUGCCCGCAGGCCUGGACACAGGGCUGCAGGAGGGCCUGGGGGCUGCCCUGGCCCACUACAAGGACACAGAGAUGCCAGGGCACUGCCACGCUAAACGGCUGAUGGAUGAGUUGCAGCUCAGGCACCGGUGCUGUGGGCACCACGGCUACAAGGACUGGUUCAGGGUCCAAUGGGUCAGCAGCCGCUACUUGGACCCCAGCGACCGGGAUGUGGCUGACCGCAUCCAGAGCAACGUGGAAGGCCUCUACCUGACCAAUGGUGUCCCCUUCUCUUGCUGCAACCCCCACUCGCCUCGGCCCUGCCUGCAGAGCCGCCUCUCAGACCCCUAUGCCCACCCACUCCUUGAUCCCUGGCAGCCCAACCUCAACCUCUGGGCCCAGGGGUGCCACGAGGUGCUGCUGGACCAUCUGCAGGGCCUGGCAGGGACCCUGGGCAGCGUGCUAGCCUUCACCUUCCUGCUGCAGGCAAUGGUGCCCCUCAGCCUGAGGUACCUACAGAUGGCGCUGGAGGGGCUUGGUGGGCACAUCGAUGGGGAGGGGGAAACCCAGGGCUACCUCCUCCCUGGAAGGCUCAAGGACAUGCCAAAGAGAGCCUGGCUGCAGGGAGGGGGUGCCCAAAGGCGAGCGCCUGCCGAGAUGCCUCCAGAAGAGGCCCCUGCCAAGGAAGACCUGCCUGAGGCUUAGGUGCCAGGCAGGUGGGGCAGGGUGCAGAUGUGCGGAACUCGGGUCCUUGCUGGGAGGAAGCUACAGAGCCAGAACUGGUGCCUUCAUCUGCUCUGUGGCUGAGGUCAGGGUAACCGAGGUGAGAAGAAGGACUCGAUGCUGCUUCUGGACACAGGCUCCAUAAUAAAGCUUUGGAACAGAA